AUGGUCCUCCACAAUCCGAACAACUGGCACUGGGUGAUGAAGGAUGCUGCCGCUUGGGCAAAAGACUAUCUAGAGGAGCAAUCCAAGAAGGUGUCAGCUGAGGAGAAUGGAGUGUCGGCCAAAAUCACACGACUCAUUUCUAUGGACGGUGAUGUGGAGGUGAGCCAGCGGAAGGGCAAGAUUAUAACGAUAUACGAUGUAGCUCUACAAUUAGAAUAUGAAGGCAAGACAGAAGACGGCACCGAUGUCAGUGGCAGCAUCAAGGUUCCCGAAUGCGCUUACGACACGGAGCCCGACGAGUACGUUUUCGACAUAGACAUUUACUCGGAGAAGAAGGAGAUGCAGCCCGUUAAAGACCUCGUUCGGUCGAAACUCGUCCCCCAGUUGCGCGAAGUCUUCGCAAGCCUCUCACCUGCGCUGAUCAAGGAGCACGGAAAAGAUUUGCAACAUACGCCGAGCUCCAAUCCAUCCAGCGGAUUUGCGACACCUACAUGGCAUCCUCAGCGAGAGCGAACGCCAACCACUACCACCACUACCACCACCUCCUCCUCUUCCGGCAAGACAUCCGUCGUCAACACAACCACUGUGACGGCAACCGAUGAGUUCCGCACAACCGCUGAAGAGUUGUUCCAGACAUUCACCGACCCUCAACGACUUGCCGCCUUUACGCGUGCUCCUCCUCGGGUCUUUGAAGGGGCAAAACCGGGCGGGAAGUUUUCCAUCUUCGAUGGCAACGUCUCAGGAGAGUUCGUCACCUUAGAACCGCCGAAGAAGAUUGUGCAGAAGUGGAGGCUGGCACAGUGGCCGGAGGGACAUAUGAGCACCCAGGAGAUCUUCUUUGAUCAGAACGACGUCGAUCGAGUGACCAAUAUGAGGGUUACCUGGACAGGCGUGCCCGUGGGCCAAGAAGAGGUGGUCCAGAGGAACUGGGAGGGCUACUACGUGCGCAGCAUCAAGCAGACGUUUGGGUAA